UUUGUGCGCUUUCGCUUAUUGCUUUACAGCUUUCUGUGUAUUUCUCGCAGGUUUCUUGCUUGGUAACCAAGCAUGCUAUAGAGCAGUGGUUUUAAAAGUGCGUUCUUCUUGGCAGCCUGUUCCGAGUAACGGACACUCGCUCUUUACUCUCUCUCUCUCUCUCUGCUGUCUGUGUUUGGGGUUGCGCUGGAGAUACAGAGAGCGGCACUUUUGAUGUCGUUGUUUUGUGGUGCUAGUACGUGUUACAACUGAGGGCUCGCCAGACCUUUCGAUUAUUCUCUGCGUUGUUUUAAGAGAAAAACCUAGAAAGAACCGCAAAGAAAAAGGAAAAAGAAAAAAAUGGAGGAAGUUGAAACGGCAACGAGUGGAAGCCGAGAGAUAUUGUCCGGUCCACUGCCUUUUGCUAGAAGUUACCAAAUGGAAGCAUUGGCAAAAGCCAUAAAGCAGAAUACGAUUGUGUUCCUGGGUACAGGGUCCGGCAAAACGUUGAUUGCCAUAAUGCUUCUUCGCAGCUAUGCAUACCUUCUCCGAAAGCCUUCGCGCAAUAUUGGGGUUUUCUUGGUGCCUACUGUUGUUCUGGUCCCCCAGCAAGCUGAAGCCGUGGCGAUGCACACAGACCUCAAAGUGGGCAAAUAUUGGGGAGAGAUGGGAGUUGACUAUUGGGACGCCAGAAUCUGGAGCCAACAAGUGGAUAAUUAUGAGGUGCUUGUGAUGACACCCAUGAUCUUGCUCAAUGCUUUGAGGCAUAGAUUUUUGAGCUUAGAUAUGAUCAAGGUUUUAAUUUUUGAUGAAUGCCAUAAUGCUAGAGGAAGACAUCCCUAUACUUGCAUUAUGACGGAGUUUUAUCAUCGGCAGUUACAAAAUAACAAUUCCCAGCUGCCUCGGAUAUUUGGAAUGACUGCUUCCCCGGUAAAAGCAAAAGGGUCUAGCUUGGCAUCUACCUACCGGAGUCAGAUUCUUGAGCUUGAGAAUCUUAUGAAUUCCAAGGUUUAUACAGUUGUUAAUGAAAGUGUGUUGGCUAAAUACAUUCCUUUAUCAACUCCAAAGCUGAAGUUCUAUGAGCACUUGGAUAUCCCUGAUGCAUUAUUUAAUGGUUUAGCAAAUGAUUUGAAGAGUUUAGAGAAGAAGCAUGAGUCUGCCCUACAAGAAUCAUAUAUUGCAAAGUCUGCAGCAGAUGCUGCUAGGAGAAGAUUAUCAAAGCUGGUUUCAACCUUCUCAUUUUGUUUGAGUGAGCUUGGUGUUUGGUUGGCUAUGAAGGCAGCAGAAUCUUUGUCAUGUGAUGAAACUGACAUUUUCUCAUGGGGGAAAUUAGAUGUGUGCGCUGAGACCAUUGUUAAGGAUUUUAGCUUGGAUGUAUCUAAGGUUUUCUCUACUUAUAUACCAUCAGGUCAGCGGUGGUCCAUUGGUGAUGACUUAAAUGCUGAUAUGGUUGCUGGAUAUCUAUCCUCAAAAGUCAUCUAUCUCAUUAAAUAUCUUCUUGAUUACAGGGUUGUGAAGGAUUUGCGAUGUAUAAUUUUUGUAGAAAGGGUUAUUACUGCUGUUGUUCUUCAAAUUCUGUUGAGUGAAUUGCUGCCUAAACUAACUGGCUGGAAGACAAAGUAUACUGCAGGGAAUCACUCUGUUUUCCAGUCACAGAGUAGAAAUAUACAAAACGAAAUUGUUGAAGAAUUUCGCAAGGGCAUGGUGAACAUUAUUGUUGCAACCUCAAUUCUUGAAGAGGGUUUGGAUGUUCAAAGCUGCAAUCUUGUUAUUAGAUUUGAUCCGUCGGCUACAGUCUGUAGUUUUAUUCAGUCCCGGGGUCGUGCUCGGAUGCAGAACUCAGAUUUUUUGUUGAUGGUGAGGAGUGGGGAUACUGUUACACUCAAUCGAAUGCAGAAUUAUCUUGCUAGUGGAGACAUCAUGAGGGAGGAAGCACUGUGCCAUUCUCACCUUCCUUGCGGACAUCCUAACAGCGAAUUGUUUAAGGAGGCUUUUUAUCGUGUUGAAAGCACAGGAGCAGUUGUAACUCUAAGUUCUAGCGUGGCUUUGCUGUAUUUCUAUUGCUCCCGGCUCCCGGCUGAUGGGUAUUUUAAACCCUCUCCUUUGUUUGAAAUAGAUAAGAAUUUGCAACUUUGCACGUUGAUAUUCCCUAAAAGUUGCAACUUAGAACCUGUUAGUGUGAAAGGCAACAUCAAAACUGUAAAGCAACUUGCAUGCUUAGAGGCGUGCAAACGGCUUCAUCAGAUUGGGGCAUUAAAUGAUAAUCUAGUGCCAGAUAUUGUUGUGGAGGAAGCUGAUGCACAGGAAUUGGGCUGUGAACCGUAUGUCGAUGAUCGAGCUAACUACUUUCCAUCUGAGUUGGUUGGUCAUUGUGAAAACAAUUCUACAAGGUCAUUCUGUUGCUACUUGAUUGAGAUACAAAGGAGCUUUGAGUAUAAUGUCCCACUUCAUCAUAUUGUACUCGGUAUCAUGACUAAGCUUGAACUUGAUGAUGAGAAGAUUACUUUUGAUUUAGAAGUGGAUAAGGGCAACCUGUCUGUCCGGGUAAAAUAUGUUGGAGAAAUGAGCCUUAGUUCUGAGCAGGUGCUUUUGUGCCAAAGGUUUCAGAUCUCUCUGCUUAGAGUUCUUUUUGAUCACAAUUUGAUUAAGCUGACGGAGGUUCUGAGUGCAUAUAAUUCAAGGAAAGGUUAUUCAAUUGACUAUCUGUUGCUCCCCUGUAGCGGCCCACCUCAUAAUCCGUUGGUUGUCAAUUGGAAAUGCGUUAGUUCCGUGAUUUUUCCUUAUGAAAAGCUCAGGGAUCAUAAUACUACCUGUUACCGUCCCAAGAGUUCCAGCUGCCUUGUGCAUACUAAGAAUGAUUUGGUGUGCAGCUGCAUGUUGGAAAAUUCCUUGGUAUACACACCUCAUAAUGGUUAUGUUUAUUGUAUCACUCGAACUUCAGAUAAUUUGGAUGGGAACUCGUUGCUGAGGAUGAGGAGUGGGGAAGUCAUGUCUUACAAACAAUACUAUAAAUCACGGUAUGGAAUUGACUUGUGCUUUGAAAGGGAAUCACUGCUUAUAGGCAAACAUAUUUUUCCUGUGCAAAAUUGCCUUCAGAGGCGUAAAAAACUCGAAGAAAGAGAAUCAAGUAACUCAUCUGUUGAACUGCCUCCUGAACUUUGUGUCAUCGUGAUGUCUCCUAUAUCCCUUGGCACCAUAUAUUCUUUCUCAUAUCUGCCAUCUAUCAUGCAUCGGAUCGAGUGUUUGCUUAUUGCUAUCAACUUGAAAAAGUUGCAUGUGGAUCACUGCACGCAAAAUGUUAUUAUUCCAACUGCCAAGGUCUUGGAAGCAAUUACAACCAAAAAGUGCCAGGAGAAAUUUCAUCUCGAAUCACUGGAGACCUUGGGGGACUCUUUCCUUAAAUAUGCGGUCUGUCAACAGCUAUUUAAAACUUAUCAAAUCCAACAUGAGGGAAUGCUUAGUUUGAAGAAAGAUAAAUUAAUUUCUAAUGCUGCACUAUGCAAGCUUGGAUGUGACCGCAAACUUCCGGGCUUCAUUCGAAAUGAACCUUUUGAUCCAAAAGUGUGGAUAAUUCCUGGUGAUAGAUCUGGACAAUAUACAUUAGAUGAAGAGUUUCUUUCUGGAACGAGGAAAAUCUUUAAUCGGGGAAUGAGGAAAAUGAAAGGUAAAACAGUAGCUGAUGUUGUGGAGGCACUUAUUGGUGCAUUCCUCAGCACAGGUGGGGAAUAUGCUGCCUUGUCAUUUAUGGAUUGGCUUGGUAUGAAGGUGGAUUUCAUCAACAUACCAUAUGUGAGGCAAUUUCCAGUUCAACCCGAGAGGCAUGUUAACAUCAAAUACCUAGAGUCCUUAUUGAAUUUCUCAUUUCUUGAUCCUUCUUUGCUUGUUGAAGCACUAACCCAUGGUUCAUAUAUGCUACCUGAGAUUCCGAGAUGUUAUCAGCGUCUUGAAUUCCUUGGAGAUUCAGUCUUGGAUUAUCUUAUAACCUUGCACCUAUAUCAGAAGUAUCCUGGAUUGUCACCUGGUCUAUUGACUGAUUUAAGGUCAGCUUCUGUGAACAAUGAUUGUUAUGCUCGAUCUGCAGUUAAGGCUGGAUUACACAAACACAUUCUUCAGUCUUCACAAGAUCUCCACAGACGUAUAGCUGAUACUGUUCAUAAUCUUGAGCAGUUAUCUUUGGCAACAACUUUUGGAUGGGAAUCGGAAACAACUUUGCCCAAGGUACUUGGAGAUGUUAUAGAAUCUAUUGCAGGGGGUAUUCUUGUUGAUUCAGGAUACAACAAAGAUGCUGUCUUCCAGAGCAUGAGGCCACUUCUGGAGCCUUUGGUUACACCUGAAACAUUGACGCUGAAUCCGGUGAGAGAGCUGACUGAAUUAUGUCAAAGGGAACAUUUCACGAGGGAAAAGCCUGUGGUUUCUCGCGGAAGAAAUGUGACGGCGGCUACAGUAGAGGUUAAUGCAAACGGUGUCUUACACAAGCAUACUAGCACUGCGCCGGAUACGAAGAUGGCCAAGAAAAUGGCUUCCAAAGCUGUUCUCGAGUCCUUGAAGAAAAGCUUAGCUUGAGGCAACGCUGAAAUAAUACAUACAUUUCUUACUUACUAAGAGCAGAGCUCUUAGAUAAAUAAAUUUAUAAGCCUUGCCGUUACAUUGUUCAGUUUUCCUCAAUAUAUAUAUAUAUAUAUUAUAGAUUUUUAACUGUGGGGUGGCCGCUUGUAUCGAAUUGCAGUUACACUAAGGUGUUAUUCUCUUACGCGGGUUGGGUUACGUGUGGUGUAUCUUGUUAUCAGAUUUGUGUAUAGAAAGUCUUAAUUCAUUAUGGUACAUGAUGGAACAAUUGUGGUUGUGAGUUAAACCAUUAACUAACUGUACACAUUCGUCUUGUUACCAUUAGUUAUGCAUCAUUUAGGAGGA